UUUACGGCGGAGGGAUGCGGGACGGGAAGAUGGGCGAUGAAGAGAUCUAGCAAGUUAUAGCAUGCCGCCUGCUUCUGUAUUUUGUGUAAAGCUCUGUUGCUUUGGAAUUCAACUUGAGAGGUUUCAUAGCAGGUUUUGAUUUUAUUUUGUACAUUCAAUUAAAAGUUAUUUUCGAUCAAACCUCGAGCGAAUCUUUUGGGUUUUUUACCCCUCCCUACCUUUGGUGUUUUUAUCACUGUUCCGUUGGGAAGCUUUACAAAAAAAAUACUCCCUACUCAAGUCACCUCCAAUUCCCCCACCCGGCCCUGCCACAAAAGCCCAGAACAAUGGUUGCCCCAAACGCCAACGGCAAUGGCACUGAGCUACCCAAAGUCGACAUCAAGCCGCUGCUCUCACGGCUCUGGCCGGUGCCCAAGGAGGACAUCAACCAGGUGAGCGUCGACGACAUCGCCGAUGCGAUAGCACACUUCUUCACCGACCGCGUGUCCGAGGUCCAGGCCGCGUCGCUGCUCAUGUGCCUGCACUUUACCGGCUUCGACCGCCGCGCCGACGUCAUGGCCGCAACGGCCGCCCGCAUGCGCUCCGCCGCCGAGAAGAUCGACCUGACCGAGAUCAACCGCAUCAUUCUCGACCGGAACCUGGGCGAGGGCAACUAUCAGGGAGGAUUGGUCGACAUCGUCGGCACCGGAGGCGACGCCCACAACACCUUCAACAUCAGCACCACGUCGAGCAUCAUCGCCAGCUCCCUGCUCAUGCUGGCCAAGCACGGCAACCGCUCCAGCACCUCAAAGUCGGGCUCGGCCGACCUGCUCGCAAACAUGAAGCCCAUGCCACCCAACAUGGACAGUGUCGCCCCGACCACCCUAUCAAAGGUCUACUCCGAAACCAACUACGCCUUCCUCUUCGCCCCCGUCUUCCACACCGGCAUGCGCUACGUCGCCCCGAUACGCAAGCAGCUGCCGUGGAGGACGCUCUUCAACCUGAUCGGCCCGCUGUCCAACCCGAUCGAUUCUGGCGUCGGCAGCCCCGUCCUGGAGGCCCGCGUGCUGGGAGUCGCCCGCGCCGAGCUGGGCCCCGUCUUCCUCGACGCGCUGAGGAUGGCCGGCGUCGACAAGGCCAUGGUGAUCUGCGGCGUCGAGGAGCUGGACGAGGUCAGCUGCGCAGGCCCCACCAACGUGUGGCGGCUGAGGCGGCGGCGCGACGGCGAGGGCAACGGCGAGGCCGUCAUCUCGGAGCACUUUUACGUGAACCCGUCCGACUUUGGCCUGAGCACCCACCCGCUCGCCAACGUGUCGGGCAACAAGGAGCCCGCCGAGAACGCCGAGAUCUUGUCCAAGAUCCUGCAAGGGGAGCUGCCCGACGACGACCCCAUCCUCGAGUUCGUCCUGAUGAACACAGCCACCCUCUUCGUCGCCAGCGGCAUCUGCGAGGCUGACCAGAGCAACAUGGGCCACGGCGACGAUGGGGUAGUCAUCAAGGAGCGUGGGCCCGGCGGCGAGCGAUGGAAGGAGGGCGUGAGGAGGGCGCGCUGGGCACUCAAGAGUGGUGAGGCCUGGAGGCAGUGGCAGGCAUUUGUCAAGGUGACUAACAGCAUAAGCCGUUGAAACUGGAUUCCCUACCCGCAAAGCAGUAGAAUUUCCUUGGCCAUUUUAAAUGUGAUAUACCCAUGGAACCUCUUUUAAGGGGGACAAAAAAGGCACUGUAAUGAGUGGAAUAAAAAGUGUGAUGAUCAGAUAUCUGCUGUGUAUCUAAAUGGUCUUCCAAGGUAGAAAGAAGACUAUUUGUUUUCGCGCCCAUGACCAGAUACCGAAAAAAAAACAUGCGCUUUUAUUUCACCCGC